UGUGUCGCUUUACCGGCGGUGAUAAGGCGCUGCCAGAUCUGGCAACAACAUACGUUCUGCUUCACGGAACCCGUGCAGCUGAAACCCACCAACAUGGAGCCGUAACGGUCCGGACCGGUACGCGGAUUCAUGCUCGGUAGGUGACCGGAGCCCGAGCUACUUUUCGCCGUCGAGCCGAGAGCCGCUAACGGCCGCGCGGGUCGCUGGAGAAGCUACAAUGAGCUCGGAGCGCCAGAGCGACAGCGAGGACGCCGACGAGUCGCAGGACAGGCCCGAUGGCGGCAGCGACAAAGACGAGGACCCCGACAUCGACGACUCGGACGAGGACGAUGACAUCGCCCGGAGGGUUUCUCCACCGCCGCCGGGGAGCGACGAGAAUCGGCCGGAGCGCCGCGAGGGCUCCCCCGCGCCGGAGGAGCGAGAGCCCCGCUGCCCACCGGCCGCCGCCACCGCGCCGCAGAAGGGGAGCGGCGGCGGCGACGGCGGGGGCUCCGGCACCGACAUGGGCCGGGGGAGCAGCCUGUUCUCCUGGCUGCAGAGCAGGACUAUAAGACGGGGGGUGUUUGUGGACCCAGCCCGGGACAACUUCAGGACAAUGACCAGCCUGUACUGCUCCAUGAAUCCGGCCGUGGAGUCGGUGAACCUGAGCACCCAGACCCACGGAGCCGUGUUUAACCUGGAGUACUCCCCGGACGGGUCUGUGCUGACUGUGGCCUGUGAGCAAACCGAGGUCCUCCUGUUUGAUCCCAUCUCAUCCAGACACAUCAAGACCCUGACGGAGGCCCACGAGGACUGCGUCAACAACAUACGGUUUUUGGACAAUCGCCUGUUUGCCACCUGCUCCGACGACACCACAAUUGCAUUAUGGGAUCUCCGAAAGCUGAACUCAAAGGUUUGCUCGCUGCACGGCCACGCCAGCUGGGUGAAGAACAUCGAGUACGACACCAACACCCGGCUGCUCGUCACGUCCGGCUUCGACGGCAACGUCAUCACGUGGGACACUAACAGGUUUACAGAGGACGGCUGCCCGCACAAAAAGUUCUUCCACACUCGCUACCUGAUGAGGAUGCGUCUGACGCCCGACUGUUCCAAGAUGCUGAUUUCUACUUCCUCAGGCUACCUGCUGAUCCUCCACGACCUGGACCUCACCCAGUCCCUGGAGGUAGGCAGCUACCGAAUGCUGCGAGCUCGACGGACCCCCCUCAGCUCAGAUGGAGGCACGUCAGCGUCCAGGUCGGCCAGCACUCCUCGCCAGGGAAACGACUCCAGCAAGAUCCAUCCUCACAGAGAAGGCCUUUCACCCAGGAACAGCCUGGAGGUUCUGACUCCAGAGAUCCCAGGAGAGAGGGACCGAGGGAACUGCAUCACCUCCCUGCAGCUGCACCCGAAAGGCUGGGCGACGCUGAUCCGCUGCUCCAGCAACAUGGACGACCAGGAGUGGACUUGUGUCUACGAGUUCCAGGAGGGAGCCCCCACCCGGCCGCUGGUGUCGCCCCGCUGCUCGCUCCGCCUCACCCACUACAUCGAGGAGGCCAACGUGGGCCGAGGCUACAUCAAGGAGCUGUGCUUCAGCCCGGACGGCCGGCUCAUCUGCUCGCCGUACGGCUACGGCGUCCGGCUGCUGGCCUUCGACGAGCGCUGCGGCGAGCUGGCCGACUGCAUGCCCGUCCAGACCAGCUGCCUCAGGGAGGUCCGCUCCAUCUACUCGCACAGCGACGUGGUUCUCACCACCAAGUUCUCCCCAACGCACUGCCAGCUGGCCUCGGGCUGCCUCAGCGGACGCGUGGCUCUUUACCAGCCCAAGUUUUAGCGUCCGGCGCUGAAGAACGAAGCUCUGCAGACCUGGGUGAAGAAGUGCUCAUCAGGGCUGCUGCACAGAAAUAUAUCACAGAGGCAUUUAGCUGUUGGUAUUUAUUGAUAGUUACUCAAAAAUCUGUCAAGAUAUUACAUUGUACUUG